CUAUCGAGGGAGCGGCACACCGUAUCGCAGAUUACUGUUUCGAACGGGACAGUUCUUCAGCCUGACGUCAUAGCAAGCAAAUUUUAUGAAUUUUUUCAAUCUGUAUUUAACAGAACUACCUUUAACUGUCCCUCUCCACAGUAUCAGUUCGAGAAUCCAAUGCCUGAAAUAGAUAUCGACCAACAAGGAAUUUUUCGACUCUUACAAAAUCUGGAUGUAAAGAAACCCUGUGGCCGUGAUCUUAUAUCAAAUGCAUUUUUGCAACAACAUGCAGUUUGGACGUCAAAAUACUUACACGUAAUUUACAGGCGAUCUUUGGAAACUUCAGUGAUACCUGAUGACUGGCGAAGGGCCAAAGUAAUACCUGUGCACAAAUCUGGCUCUAAACUCGACGUAACUAUAGACCUGUUUCAUUAACAUGUACAUCCAGUAAAUUGUUCGUACAUAUUAUUUAUAAGGCCAUAAUAUUGCACUUAGAGAAUAAUAACCUACAAUACAGCUGGCAACAUGGAUUCUGUUCAAGUCUAAGUACUAUUAUUCAGCUGAGUUAACCCAUGAUGUAGCUACAUCAAUAAAUAACAGAAGCCAAAUAGAUGCCAUUUUCUUAGAUAUUUCAAAGGCCUUUGAUGUUAUUCCUCAUCCAGAUCUUAUUACUAAACUAAUUGCCAUUGGUGUACACGAGAAAACAGUAUCGUGGAUCAAGAACUAUCUCGAAAACCGAAAGCAAUGCCCAGCUGUGAAUGAUAUUACAUCUGAUUACAUCAACGUUUUUUUCUGGUGUUCCACAAGGCUCAGUUCUUGCGCCCCUCCUAUUUCUGAUCUACAUCAAUGAUAUUCGUUGAUGCGUUCAGCCGCCUAUUCAAAUGCGCCUAUUCGCCGAUUAACGCGUAGUGUACACAACAGUGAAUACUGUAGCACGGCUGAAUCUGCGGUCGUCACGGCGCACCAGUAAUCCCGUGAUCUGUGCAACCGCAAUAAAGUUGUUGUUCGCCCAACUGCUGGCCUGGCUACAUGGUGGCAGCGAAACCCAGCCAAUAUGUCGAUGGUGUCCGCGCUACUACCGCCCCCGAAGCCUAUGGAUCCAUCGCACGACCCUUGGAUUGCCUGGAAAACUUGGAAAAGUGAGUUUCUGCUGUUUUCCACUGCUACGCAAUUGAACAAGCAGCCAAAAGACGUUCAAGCAGCCACGUUGCUAGUUACCAUAGGUGAAGAGGCUAGGAAGUCGUACAGUACCUUCAAGUUCGAUGAAGCAGAAAACAGGAAUGACGUUGAAGUUCUGAUUAAGAAACUUGAGGAUCAUUACAAGCCUGCAACGAACUUAACAUUCCAAGAAUUUUGUUUCGGUUCAAGGAACCAAAAAGAAGGCGAGACGUUUAACGAGUGGCUAACAGAACUGCGUGUAUUAGCGAAGAACUGUGAAUUUGGGGACCUUGAAGGCCGCAUGUUGCAUAGCGGAAUCAUUUUGGGCACUCAGGAUAAGAGCCUACAGCCAAGACUGAUCGCGGAAAACCCGACGUACCAAAAGACAGUCAACAUUUGCCGCGCGCAAGAACAAGGCAAAGAGCACUUUCGUGAGAUAAGCGAAGCUACAGGCGCCAGUGAAGGCACCAUAGUAAACGCGGUAGCAACAAGAAAAAACGUUUGCUACAAAUGUGGGGGUCAAAUGCACCGCAGUGACACGCGCCCUGCAAAAGGAAAAACAUGCAGGAAGUGCGGAAAGCUGAACCAUUUCGCUCGAGCACGCAAGUUGUCGAACUUUCCGCGCAGUGCCAACCAACAAAUGCGAGGGUUACAAGCCGAAGACGAAUUUUUUUUGCAAACGUUGACUAUUGGUGCGAUAACCACCGAUCACUGGAGCGCAACGGUCUACACUGAGGGCCAUCCCAUCACGUGCAAGCUAGACACAGGCGCCAAUGGUUGUGUCAUUUCAAGAAGCGACGUUGCAAAGCUGCCAAAAAAGCCUCAACAAGCCUGCAAUGUCAAGCUCGCAGCAUUUUUUGGCCACACAACAGCCGCGCAUGCGAAAGUCCAAUUGAUACUUUCAGCAAAUGACAGAAGCAAGGAACCAACGUUUUUAUUGUCAAACAAGACGUCCCUGCCACUUUAAGUAGUGCAGCAGCUGAAAGCCUCGGCUUCAUAUACCGGAUGCAAAACAUACAGCAUGAACUGUACCCACCAGCGCAGCCUUUUGCAGAGGUCUUCGAGGGACUCGGGCAGCUAAAGGAUUUCGAGUACAACAUGAAGCUCAAGCCAGGCUCGGUGGGCGUCGUCGUUCCAGCAAGAAGAGUUCCUGUUGCUCUUCAGGACAGAGUCACGGCCGAGCUACAGCGUAUGGAAGCACAAGGCGUCAUAACAAAGACCGAAGUCCGCUACCUAGAGCACAUCCAUAGCACAGAAGGCCUCCGCCUGGACCCUGGUCGAGUGAACGACAUACUGGAAAUGAAAGAACCAAAGAGCAGUAAGGAACUCCAAGUCUUUCUAGGCGUGAUGAAUUAUGUACAACGUUUCAUCCCUAACAUGUCCGUCGUGACUGCACCACUGAGAACAUUGUUGCGCAAGGACAUUGCCUGAGUUUGGACCGAGGCUCAGCAACGAAGCUAUGAAAUGUUGCGUGAGAGCUUAGUUAACGCACCAAUUCUUUUCUUUUUCGAUGCAACUAAGCGGGUCACCCUUUCGGUUGACGCGAGCCAAAUGGGAGUUGGUGCAGUGCUUAUUCAAGACGGCCGCCCCGUCGCUUUCUCGUCACAUUCACUAACAGAGACGCAGCAACGCUACGCACAAAUUGAGAAAGAAACAUUGGCAAUUGUGCAUGGCUGCAUCAAGUUUCAUGAUUACAUCUUCGGCCAGGAAAGCGUAACUGUCGAAACUGAUCACCGCCCCUUGGUGAUGAUAUUCUGCUAACCACUGUAUCAGUGUCCACUUUGCCUACAGCGCAUGCGUUUGACUUCGCAGCGAUAUCCUAUUAAGCUGAUCUACAAGCCAGGGAAAGAGCUGUUUUUGGCUGAUGCCUUAUCUAGAUUCCCUAGCAAGCAACUCUUGCAAGAAGAAGCUGAGCAAUUUCAAGUAAAUGUGCUUGAUUACAUUUCAGCUUCGCAACAGCACCUGAGGGAUCUUCUUGCGGCCACCAAUGAAGAUCCUGCUCUCGUCAAGCUUCGAGGUUAUGCCGAAACAAGCUGGCCAGAAAGAAGCGAGGUACCCGAAAAUGUGCGUCCGUACUGGUCCUACAAAGAAGAGCUGCACAUGCAAGACGGCCUUGUUUUUCGCAGCAACAAGGUAGUCAUACCAUCUUCAAAAAAGCGAGAAAUUAUGCUGCUGCUUCACGCUGCACACCCGGGAGCGAAAAAGAUGAAGGCACGGGCAAGAGACGUCAUGUACUGGCCAAAUAUGUCACAUGAGAUAGAGCAGUUUUGCAAAAAUUGCGCUGUCUGCCAGAAAUACCAGCCGCGAAACGCGAAAAUGCCUCUUUACUGCCACGACAUCCCAAAGCUGCCUUGGGAAUUCGUUGGCAUGGACCUGUUCUUUCAUGAGGGUCGUGAAUUUGCCAUAAUUGUGGACUUUUAUUCUUUCUUU